AUGUAUGUGGAUGACUGUUUGACAGGAGCAGAAACAGAUGAAUCUGCCCUAGAAUUGAAGAAUGAACUGACAACUAUAAUGAAGGCUGCAGGAUUUAACCUAACGAAAUGGGCAAGUAACUCGCAACAAGUGUUGGACAGCACACAAUCUGAACAGAAGGAAUCGUCGUCCAUCGUCAAUCUCACAGCGCAAGCGGAAUCAACGAAAGCACUUGGUGUCUCAUGGGACUUGAAGUCAGAUUGCUUUAGAUUUGUGCCGCCACAAGAAGUAACUACGUCUAGUGUUUCACCUACAAAACGAACUGUGCUCCGUCACGCUGCUAGAGUGUUCGAUUCAUUAGGAUUGAUAACUCCGUUCACUGUAAGGGUUAAGUUAUUAUUCCAGGAACUCUGGCGUAGAGGUCUAGAUUGGGACGAUCGAUUAGAAGACGACAUUCAAAUAGAAUGGUCUGCAUGGCAAUCAGAGCUKUCAAAGAUAUCUAACGUCACCAUUCCUCGCUGCUUUGGAGAAGGAUUGGCGCGAGACUCAGAAGUUGAAGUACACGGCUUUAGAGAUGCAUCAYCUAAGGCUUACGGAGCUGCUGUGUACAUUCGCAUCACAAAUGAAAGUGAAAACAUCACUACACAGCUUGUAAUGUCUAAAUCAAGAGUAGCACCGGUAMAAACAGUAUCAUUACCUCAAUUGGAGCUACUAGCCGCAGUAGURAAUGCAAGAUUAGUGACAUACGUCGCAGAAACACUGUAA